UUCUUGUCCAUGAUGAACAUUGACGCGCAGUCUUUGAGCUGGUGCGCUCAGUAAAUCGUCUCUUCGAUACAUCGUCGCUAGUUUCUCGAAUUGAGCAAUGAAUUAUAUUUAAAGAUUAUCUUUAAAAAUCAUUUUAAAUUUAAUUUGGUGUUACAUUGUGCAAUGAGUUUAAAAUAUUGAUUUACAAACGAUACUCGAGCUUCAAUUUUGAUUUAACAAAUUUUUGAGCCACCAUCGAACAACAAUUGAACAAGCACGUAUAUAAUGAAAUGGAUAUGGAAAUAAAAAUUGCACGACGAUGACUGGACGUGAGAACAGGAAACUUAUGAUUCAUCAGAAUCAGCAAAAGGUGCAAUGAACAAAACGGCGAUAAUAUAACGGCGUGGACCGUUUCUUUUUGAGACGAUAACCGGAACGAUAAUAAAGGGGAACAAGCGGAAAUAAAGUUGUGAUGAAUUGCGAGAUCGUUUACUUGGUUGCGAAAUUUAAAGAAUAUUAAAUGUUGUUUGAUAAAUUUAAAGAAUAAGAAAAAGAAUAAGAACCGCAAAGAAAAAUCGAGGAAAUAUCUCGAUCUCGAGUUGCAAAAUGUUUACCGAAGAAAUAUCGAAGGGGGCGACGGCAAAAGGAAAGGAUGAUACGUAUUCUUGAUGUUAGAAUUGAAUAAUGUUUUCCCGCAGCAGCUUCUCGCACGAUUCCACGAUUAUUAUACGGAAAAUCAAGUCGUUCAAAUCGGAUCGAGACGCACGCUUCCAUCUCGUUUACUUAGAAGCUCGUUCGCGUAAUAUAUUUCGUGGUCAUUUGAAAAAAGAUAAGACACGAUAGAUACGCUCAGUUUGUCCCUCGCUCGCUCGAGAGAGAAGCAAUCGUCUCGUCGUUCGUAAUAAUUAAAAAAUAGUCAGCGAUGAGUCAGAGUACCGUGCUGCCAGGCCUGGCAGAUAUCGACACGAUAGAUAUCGAGUUCAACGACAUCGUCUACAAGGUUGACGGUGGUUUAUGGAGAGGCGAACGGAAAGAAAUUUUGAGAAAGAUCGACGGACGAUUCAGGAACGGGCAAUUGUCGGCCAUAAUGGGGCCCUCGGGGUCGGGGAAAUCGAGCUUGUUGAACGUUUUGACGGGUUUCAAGAGGUGUUGUACGGGCCAGAUCAGGUACGUCGGGAGUAAAAAGGUAGGGGAGGGUUGCAAGAAGCAGUGCUGUUACAUUCAACAGGACGAUCAAUUUUAUCCCCUGUUCACCGUGUCGGAAACGAUGUGGAUAGCGAGCAACCUGAAAAUCGGCAACAAUCUCAACGAAAAAUCCAAGAAGAUAUUGAUCGAGCAGAUAUUGCACGUUCUGGACCUGAGCAAAUCGGAGAACACGAGGUGCGGGAAAUUGAGCGGCGGGCAAAAGAAGAGGCUGAGCAUCGCGUUGGAGUUGAUCGACAAUCCGCCGAUCAUGUUUCUCGACGAGCCGACCACGGGCCUCGACUCUCAAUCCUGCAAUCAAUGCGUCAGAUUGUUGCGAAAUCUGGCCAAAAUCGGGAGAACCAUCGUUUGCACCAUCCACCAGCCCAGCGCUGUUAUCUUCGAGAUGUUCGACUACAUCUAUCUUUUGGUGGACGGGAGGUGCAUGUACAGGGGGGCCACGAGGGACACGAUUCCCUAUUUCGCAAGCGUCGGCCUCCAUUGUCCCAAAUAUCACAAUCCGGCCGAUUUUAUGAUCGAGGUUGUGUCCAAGGAAUACGGGAAUUUCGACGAUCAAUUGAUCGCCUUGGCAGCGAGGAGAGAGGACGAGAGGAGGAAGGAGGAGGAGAAGGAGGAGGAGGAGAAAGUGGAGGAGGAGGAGGGAUGUGUGAAGGAUAUGAAAAAAGUCGCGUCGAGCCGGCCACCCUCGGAAUACGAGAAACUCCUCGUUCUGAUGAAUCGUUACAUGACCCAUUUGUUCAGAGAUUGGACCAACAUUUACUUGAAAUUGGGCCUUCAUUUCUCGAUGGGCGUGUUGCUCGGUUUGCUGUACUUCGGGGCCGGCCAGGACGGGAGCAGAAGUAUCAAUAACGUAGGUUUGAUCCAAGUCAUUGUCAUUUAUCUGUGUUACACGAGCAUGAUGCCGGCCGUAUUAUUGUUCCCCUCGGAGAUGCCCGUGCUCAAGAAGGAAAGAUUCAACAAUUGGUACAAGUUGAAGACUUAUUACGUCGCCUCGUUUGUAUGCAGUAUGCCCAUACAAAUAAUAUUCUCCGUCAUUUACAUUCUGCCCAUUUAUUUUAUAAGCUAUCAACCGCUCGACGUAAACAGAUUUCUCAUGUUCUUGGUACCGGCAAUUUUGAUCAGCCUGGUAUCGGAAAGCGUUGGCGUCGUCAUAGGCUCCAUCCUAAAUCCCGUGAACGGGACAUUUUUGGGCGCCAUUUUGGCAUGCAGCAUGUUGGCCUUCUCAGGUUUCGUAAUUCUUUUUAAUCAUAUGCCGCGCAUCAUGUAUUACGUCAGUUACGUAAGCUAUAUAAAGUAUUCCCUGCACGCUAUCGUUCUCGCGAUGUACGAUUUCAACCGGGAAAAAUUGUUUUGUCCCAUUACAUAUUGCCACUACAGCACGCCCGGCAAAAUAUUGUCGGAAUUGUCGAUGACGGAUCGCGAUUUUUGGGUUGACAUCGCGGUGUUGAUCUUCAGUUACGUAAUAUUCAAGAUAGCCGGUUAUUGUACGCUCAAAAGGACACUUACCAUGUGAGGGAUCGAUCUUUUUCUUUUUUUUUUUUUGAUUCGAAUUCGUAUAUUAAUAAUAAUUAAUAAAUAAUAAAUAUUGGCUGUGGAUCGUUGAUCGGUUACGAAAAGAUUAGAAUUUAAUUUCACGUAAAAAGCGUUUUUCUUCGAACAUCCAUUUAAGAAACGAAUCGAUGUGUAUUACGUAGAACGUGUAUUAUAAAAUACGUAUUAUUAAAAGUUAAUAAAGAAUUGUAUAACUUGAUCGGCAAUUAAUAUUUAAUCAUUCGCAUUUUUUUGCAUCUAUAUUAUAUAUUGCAUCUUUUAAUUUUUUUUUCUUUUUUUUUUUACGUAAUAAUCUUUUUUAUCUAUUCAUAUCUAUGAUGUAAUAAAAUUUACGAUACAAAUGACUUUUUUUUUUUUAAGAAACGAAAACCAGAAAUAUCCAAUGAAUUCAAUCCUUUUUCGCUUCUUCGAAGAUAAAAUAAUAAUAAGAUAAAAUAAUCCAUCUUCGAACUAUGCGUUUUGUUCUCGAUUUCGAUAAUGUAGAAGAGAGAGAGAGAGAAAAAAAAAAAGAAAAAAAAAAAAGAAAGAAAGAAAAAUCAUUGAAACGCAUUCUUCUUGGAAACUUCUGUUGAAAAUCUGUAUUACAAACUUAUGCAGGUCGACGACAUUAUAUGUGUGUGUGUGUGUGUGUGUGUGUGUAUGUGUAUAUAUAUAUAUAUAUAUAUAUACACACAUAUACACAUAUACAAAAUUUUACAAGAUGAAUACGAUUAAAAUUGAUCAAAA